AUGUCAAUUUUAACGAGAUUGCAGCCAUUUCACACGAGUGCUUCAGACUUUGGUGUUAUGAAAUUCUUGAAAAAGGGGAUUGAUGUAAAGAAAUACACUAUGAGGCCACUUCCUUUACAAAAAUCUGGAGGCAGAGGUCAUGAUGGUCGCAUCCAGACACAUGGUGUUGGUGGUGGGGCAAAGCAUCAUUAUCGAAUGGUGGACUUUAAAAAAGAUGGUCCAAGGGAAGGCCCUCCUCUGGAAGAGAAGGUUUGCUAUGUACGCUACGACCCCUGUCGAACGGCUGACAUUGCGGUGGUAGCCACAGGAGAAAAAAGGCGUUACAUCCUGGCUUCCCAGAAUAUGAAAGCUGGUGAUAUCAUCAAAACUUCGAGAAACAUCCCAAGAAUACCAGUGAGGGCCUAUGAAGGAGAUUCACAUCCUGUUGGGGCCUUACCAGUUGGUACAAUGGUACAUAACCUAGAAAUCUAUGAGGAUGAUUUUGGUCGAAUUGCUCGAGCUGCUGGGACAUCUGCUCAACUAGUUCGCAAAAUUGGGGACAAGUGCAUUUUGCGCAUGCCUUCCAAGAGAGAAAUUUGCAUUUCCCAGCACUGCAUGGCCACAGUUGGUCGUGUAUCCAAUAUUGAUCACGACAAGGAACAUAUUGGUUCACCACAGAGAUCACGAUGGCUGGGAAUUCGGCCCCAGAGUGGGUGGUGGCAUCGGAAGACUGGCUACAAUGGACGAAAGAUAAGACCAAUUCCACCAAUGAAAACCUAUUCUAAACCUCCACCACCAAAACCAGACAGUCACAAGUACAGCUUUUAA